AUGUCAAACGAUAUGUAUUUCUAGCCAAAUUCAAUUCGUUCUCUAUUGAAGCUUCGUACUCAGUAUAACUAGUCUGACUCAAGCAAAUGGAUCACAGAAGAACUUAUAUAAUAAACCAAUAAAGAGUAAUCUGAUUAGAACCCAGAUGCAGAUGGUAAAUAGAAGAAGAGAGUUAAUAAGCGAGCUUGUUCUACUGCAGCAGUUAAGACGAGAUCCAAAAAGAUCUCUUCUAUAAAUGAUGCUGAGCAGACAGCUCAGAUUCAAAUGCAGCAGCAAUAUGGCUAGUAUGAAUUUACCCCAGAAAAAAAUAAAAAGCAGAGACCAAGUUCAUAGGAUAGACAGAAGGAGCAAAAGUAUCAGAUAUUUGAAGAUGAUGAGGAUGACAUACUGAACCCCAGGAAUUUCUUAGCAAAUUUGUACCAGGAUGACAACUUCAUGAAGAUCAAGGAAAAACUGACAGAGGAAUUGAUAAAUAUGCUAAAGCAGAAUGUUCAAAAGGAGCAGACGCAGUUAAUGAGUGAUGUCGACAACUAUCUGGUAGAUUUAGAAAAGUGGAAGAAAAAGAAGAAAGAUCAAGAAAAGUAGUUCAAACAAGAAGAGUAAGAGCUGCUAAAGAAACAAGAUGAAGAGUACGAAAGACUGAAGCAAAAGAUUCUGGAGGAUGAGGAGAACGAAUAGGACUAACAGUUCUAGCUGUAGCUUUAGAAACUCAAAGAUGAGCAAAGAACAAAUAAGUUGAUCAGAAGUGAUGUCAAUUAGUCUACAAAGGAAUUAUAAAAUCAGCAUAUUCAUUCUAAGAUCAAUGAGAAACUGCAAAAUAAAGAGAGAUAGAUCUAGGAUAUACAGUCAAAGCUAGGCUAGAAAUCCUUAAUGCAGAAGAGUGUAGACUUGGAGACUAUGUUUGCUGGCAGAAACUUUAGUGAUUCAGUGAUUAGCAAUCAGAGAUGGGAGGCGAAUGAGAAAAUAAUGAAGCAGUUUACAGACUUCGAGGAGCAGGCACAUCAGUUUGACCAGGAAAUAAAUGACUUAUUGUUUGGAAAUCAAUCAAGAUCCCAAAUUGAACUUAAGAAUCAGUCAUAGAAAGUCACUGAUGAUGAAAUCUAAAGGCUUUUAAAUCAGAUAAAGGAAAAUGAGAAGUUGUUUAAAGAUAAGAAAUCAGAUAUUGACGAAGCGAAGGAGAAGAUAAAGAUUGAUAACAUCCUAGAUGACAUUGAAAAUGAAUUCAAAGAACUAGACGACAUCUUAAAAGAAGUUGACGAGCUUAAUAGCAGUAAUCUUUACGGGGACAUAGGAGUCAAUGAAUAUCACUACGACUCAAAUAUUCAUAUUAACCCUAAAUAUGCCCCAAGUGAUUGA